ACCUCAGAAGGAAAAGUAAACAGUCAAUCUAAAUGUAUAACAAAAUGUCCAGCUACGAAACUGCAUCUUCGGAUGGUGAUCUUUGCCACCGCGUUUGCGAUCCAGAUCCGUACUAUGAGUCAAAUGGGAGCUACUACGCACAACUAUAUCCGGCAGAUUCCCAAAAUUCCGGAACACAGGUGACCAGCGGAGGUGGCGGUGGAGGUGGUGGAGGUGGAGUGAUCAUCAUGGACGAGGAGGGCUAUUGGGGAUCACCGUGCAGUUCAAGCGAAUCGCACCCAGACAUGAUCAGGGACCGGUACUCACCCCCGGCGGCCGUGGUCAGUGCCAGCGGGAAUGCCUCAGUCGUGGUAAGCGCUAUUCGCAACAUCUCAUCCCAACAGCAACCGCCCGAUCAAUCGUCCUUGUCAACAUCGUCGCUGUCAUCAGCUUCCUCCACAACGUCCUCCAUGUCGGCGUCUUCGUCACCGUACAGUGGUGCUGGCCAUCCUCUACCUCUCGGAGGCUACUCUCAACAGCACCAACAUCAUCAUCAUCACCAUCAGCAACAAAUACCGUCGUCCAUUUACUGUUCCUCGCUUGUUUAUGAAAAGAGCAACACCGCAGGAAUCUACGUCCCGGAUGAGGGAUAUUUUGGAGGAACCGGAACGUCAGUUGACCCCGUUUCUGGCACCACAGGGCCCGAACACCAGCCACAACACAUGCACAUGGCACCGUCCUCUUCCGGUGUGAUUCCUGGCAAUGGUGUGCCGAUAGUGCGGGUGGUUAAGCGACGCAACACGGCCAACAAGAAGGAGCGUCGUAGGACACAAAGCAUCAAUUCGGCCUAUACCUCACUAAGGGAUCGUAUUCCAAAUGUUCCUAACGAUACCAAACUGUCCAAGAUCAAAACACUACGACUGGCAAUUUCCUACAUCGCACAUCUGUUGGCGGUCGUGAACGGAAACCAGGACCCAUCGUGUGAUUUCCGCGCGGAACUGGUGCCCUCGUCUCGCAAGAUAAAUGCCGAACGGCGUGCCCAAAAGACGCUAAUGCAAAACUUUGCCGCCAAUGGAACACCGAAUGCGACCAGUGCAAGUCCACCCGUGACGGAAGGACGCAAAAUCAAAGGACGUACCGGGUGGCCACAGCACGUUUGGGCACUGGAAACGAAGACCACUAUCAAAUAAGU